UCUUCACUCUUCAAAUACACUAGGAUGUCAUCUAUGAAAACCACUACAAACUUGUCCAAAUAGGCAUGGAACACAUGGUUCAUCAAGUCCAUAAAUAUUGCAGGUGCAUUGGUUAACCCAAAAGGUAUAACGGUGAACUCAUAAUGCCCGUAUCUAGUCCUGAAUGCGGUCUUUGGUAUAUCGUGAUCAACGAUUCUCAAUUGAUUAUAACCUGAGCGCAAAUAGAUCUUUGAAAAGAUUCCUGCUCCUUUCAGUUGGUCAAAUAGGUCCUCUAUCCUAGGUAAAGGAUACUUAUUCUUGAUCGUGACCUUAUUGAGCUCCAUGUAGUCUAUAGAAAGCCUCAUACUUCCAUCCUUCUUCUUCACAAACAAGAUUGGUGCUCCCCAAGGCGAUGCACUUGGCCUAAUGUAACCUUUCUCUAAUAGAUCCUCCAAUUGGCCUUUCAACUCAUUCAUUUCUGCUGGAGCCAUUCGAUAUGGUGCUUUCGAGAUAGGCGCGGUUCCAGGCACUAAGUCCAUGGUAAAGUCAAUAGGUCGAUUGGGAGUCAUCCCCGGGAUCUCUUCCAGAAACACAUCGAGGAAUUCAUUCACUACCGCAAUGUCCUCAGGUUGAUCUUUGGUCACAUGCUCUAGGUUCCUCACAUUGCAUAAGAAGACUGGGUUCCCUUUACUGAGUAGCUUCACGAGUUCCAUUGCCGUGACACUAGUAGAAAAAACCCCUGUUGCAACCCCCUUGUUGCAGCGUACAUGUAAUAAUACGCUUCAACAACCAGUAGGUCAACGCGGGUCAAACUUUAUAAAGGGUUGUUGCAGCGUACAAAUUAAUUGCCCGCAGCAAGAGAGUUUUUUGCAGCGUACAAAGUAAAAGCCCCCUGCAAUAGCCCAUUUAUUUUGCAGCGUACAGAUAAAAGCCCGCUGCAAUAAAAAAAUUUCGCUGCAAAGCUAAUUAAGAAAAACAUUUCGGAUCUCAAACCUAAGGACGCUCAUACUCCCUCUUCUUCCCUCAGCUUUCCCUGCGUACUGUCUCACCUCCUCAUUCUUCUUCUUCUUCAUCUGCUCUCUUUCUCUCUCCUAAAUCCCUUCUUUCUCCGCCAUAUUCCCCCAAUUCUGAGGUCCUUUUCGUGAAUUCUCCCCCGUUUUCUCGCCGCGGUUUCUUCCCCAGGUAACUCCCAUUUCGACGCUUUUUUCUGAAUCCCCCCUUUUUUGUUCUAAGUUUUCUCUAAUUCGUGGUUUUUUUUGGGUUUUUUGCAAGUAAUUGUUGAAAUUGGAUGACAAUUCGUCUUGGUUUUUGUGAAAAUUUGCUCGACUCUUUCUCUCCAAGCAUCUGGCCUUCGACCUCAGCCUUCGAACUCAGCCGCCUUCGAAAUUGAGGAGGUUUAGGGUCUCGAAUCAGCAAUUUGUUCAAAAGAAGAUGAGUUGUUGUCCGAGUUCUGGAUUCAAUCAUCAACCAUGUAGCCAAUCUCAGAAGAUGUCCAUUGGGGUGGUCGUUGAGUCCGUUGCCAAAUCUCGUUGUGGAUUCAUGAAAGAGGCUGGUGUUUCAAUCAGGCAUUCACAGAAGGAAGCAUCUGAUGCACAGUAUUUGACGGUAAAGCACAAUGUACAGAGUGGAGUGAAGGCCUCUUGUAUUGUUGAGAGAAUCUUUCCACCCCUUUUUUGUGAGGCUCUAUGUCUGGCAAUUCUUCUUGUAUCUGUUACUAAUGAGACUGACAUCAAUCCUAAAUGGAAUGAUUGCCUAGUGUCUGGAAAUGCUAAAUAAUCUGUCUAUACCAUGGCCCUUCAUCUGUAAAGGGUUUUGUGGAGAACCCGAUUUCCUCAAGGCGUCAUCAAGUUUAAUAGUUGUGAGCGUUUAAAUGGGAGUAUGAGUUCGAGACUUUUUCUUAGGUCACAUUUGGCAUGCCUUAAAUUUUCGUUUUAUGUUUAUUAUUCAUGAAAUAUGGACUUUUUUGGGCAACGUAUCCAGAAGUAACUGUUCACUCAUCUCCAGAGAACGGAAGUAGGCCUGUUCGGAAACCUGUGGUCUUCCGACGUAAACGACAUAGCAGUCAUGAUGUUGACUCUACUGAUAUCAGUCCUACUUUGUAUACUCCAGAAGAAAGGGGCAAUUCUGGUGAUGUGUUAACGGAAUGCUUGGAUGAAAUUCCAGAGGACGGAACCGACGGAUUGGCCAGAGUGGUUUCGUUGUUAGGCUUGGAGUUAGAAAAGGUUAAAACCAAAAUGAAGUCAGUGACAAACAAAAAAUGCUCAGAAAUACUGGUGUCUGCUGCCGAAGAAAUUCAUUCACAGCUGCAGAAUGUUGAGUCUCAGAUUCAGACAGAUUUAGUGAAACUAACAAGCCUCAAGACAUCUAAAAGGAAACAUCUGGAGACAAGGCUUGAAGGUCUACACUCCGAGGAUUGCGCCUUAUGCGAGGAAUUUGAUGUGGUUCGUGAGCAAUGGGCUAAGUUUUUUACCAACAAGUAUUUAUUAUUGGCUUUAGCGCGCUUGAUCGAGUUGGUUUAGUUGUUAUAGAAUAAAUUUUAUAUUAAAAUGUAUGUUUAUGUUGAAAUUGGAACAUAUAUUUAAAUGUAAUAUGUGCACUUUGGUUUUGGGAUAUAUAGUAUAUAAAACUC